AUGUCCUGCUCGAACCUGACAAUGUGGGCGUCGUCGAAGCCCUCCGUCCUCUCGGGUGCCCCGGAGGUGGAGGCCCUCGCCGCGAGAGCCCACGUCGGCGGCCUCCGCCUGGCGGCGGCGCCGCCAUCUCCGGCGUCCCUCCGGCAGGGCACCCACUCCACGGCGGUCCACUGCGGCCUGCGGGAGCUCCGUGAGCGCAUCGAGUCCGUGAAGAACACGCAGAAGAUCACUGAGGCCAUGAAGCUGGUGGCCGCCGCCAAGGUCCGACGCGCCCAGGAGGCCGUGGUCAGCGGCCGCCCCUUCUCCGAGACCCUCGUGGAGGUCCUCUACAACAUCAACGAGCAGCUGCAGACCGACGACGUCGAUGUCCCCCUCACCAAGGUCAGGCCCGUGAAGAAGAUCGCGCUCGUCGUCGUCACCGGCGACCGGGGCCUCUGCGGGGGUUUCAACAACGCCAUCAUCAAGAAGGCCGAGACCCGCAUCGCAGAACUCAAGGCCCUGGGCCUGGAUUUCACCAUCAUCAGCGUGGGGAAGAAGGGCAACAGCUACUUCCUGCGCCGCCCUUACAUCCCCGUGGACCGGUUCCUGGAGGGCGGUGCCCUGCCCACCACCAAGGACGCACAGGCCAUCGCCGAUGACGUAUUCUCCCUCUUCGUCUCCGAGGAGGUGGACAAGGUGGAGCUCCUGUACACCAAGUUCGUCUCCCUGGUGAAGUCCGACCCGAUCAUCCACACGCUGCUGCCGCUGUCGCCCAAGGGGGAGAUCUGCGACAUUAAUGGGAACUGCGUGGACGCGGCGGAGGACGAGCUGUUCAGGCUCACGACCAAGGAGGGGAAGCUCACGGUGGAGAGGGAGACGGUGAGGACGCCGACGCAGGCCUUCUCGCCCAUCUUGCAGUUCGAGCAGGACCCGGUGCAGAUACUGGACGCCCUGCUGCCGCUGUACCUGAACAGCCAGAUUCUGAGGGCGCUGCAGGAGUCGCUGGCCAGCGAACUGGCGGCGAGGAUGUCCGCCAUGAGCAACGCCACCGAUAACGCCGUGGAGCUCAAACGGUCCCUCUCCAUGGUCUACAACAGGCAGCGGCAGGCCAAGAUCACCGGCGAGAUCCUCGAGAUCGUCGCCGGCGCCGAUGCCCUCACAUAA